AUGGCCCCAUACGAAGCCUUGUAUGGGAGGAAGUGUCGAUCACCGCUGUGUUGGUCUAAAGUUGGUGAGAAAGGAAUUCUUGGACCGGAGAUAAUUCAAGAAACCACAGAGAAGGUUAAGAUUAUCCGAGAUAAGAUGAAACAAGCCCAAGAUCGACAGAAGAGUUAUGCGGACAAACGAAGGAGACCGCUGGAAUUUGAUGUAGGAGAUCAUGUGUUCUUGAAGUUACGGAAGUUUGUGCCGGAUUUGUUUCAUCCUAUCCUACCAGAUACGAUUGAAGUAGAACCAGAUCUUUCAUUCCAACCGAAACCGUGUCGUAUUCUGGAGUAUGCUAGUAAGUCUUUGAGAAGCAAGGAGAUACCUCUUGUCAAGGCAAUGUAUGUAUGGGGUGUUAUAGAUCUGGAAUUAGAAUUGUUAUCUGACAUAUCUGCUGUCUGCGACACAGAUCUCGAUGGAGUUAAUUUAUUGCAAAUCUCGGAAGAACAAGUUGCAGAUUGA